AUGUGUUUGCUUUUUAUUAUAACUUUUUGUGUUGUAAUUUCAAUUUAUCAAUAUUAUUUUGUACUAAAUCUACCAUUACAAUCAACAUUGUUGACAUCAACAAAACUAAAAAAUGAUAAAUUUAGAAUUUUACCAAAUGAAUAUUCAUCGAUAUGGUUUAAAAAAAAUUGCUUCAAAAUAAAGCAACGUUCAGAUAACUUAGCUGUAGGUAAUAUUCCAAAAUAUUUAAAUAAUGCUCGUUUAUCAACAAAUCAAAUUUGCCAAGAUUUUGUUCAAAAAUUUGACGCAAUAUUUCGUCUUGAAGAAAUUCAUGGUCCAUUAAAAAUAUCACCAGUUUAUUUACAGAAAAUCAAUCAAUAUUUUAAUAAAGACGCAAAACUUGUCGAACAAAUCAAAAAUCAACGUAUAAUUAAAAUUUACAAUCGUCAUACACAUGAAGAGAUGUUAUAUAAUUAUAUGCGAAGUCGACGUCCACAAACUAAAAGUGAACAAUCCGCCGAAACUUAUACGUUGCAAUUGAUGGAAGAAAGUAAAAAAAAUUGUGACUUUUGUGGAAAAAACUAUCUUAAUUCAACAGCUGAAGAUGCAUUUGGACGUCUAGAACAUUCUCUUUCAUAUACUGCAGCAAACACCUUUAAAUAUGAUCGUUGGCAUACAUUAAUUGUAUCCCGCAAUCAUGAUACAUUACAUCUAACAGAAGAUGAAAUCGGUGAUAUGUUCAAAUUAGCACAAGAAUGGUUUCAAAAAGCUUAUUCAAUUGAAUCAAUGUAUACAUGUCCAGAAAUGAUUUGGGAUGCAAUGCCUAAAAGUGGCGCAUCACAAGUACAUACGCAUCUUCAAGUUAGUUUAGGUUACGAUAUUUACUAUGGAAAUAUUGAACGAAUACGACAAGGUGCUCGUCUUUAUGCACAAAUGAAUAAUGGAAAGAAUUAUUUUAAUGAUUAUGUAUAUAUUCAUCAAGCAUUAGGUUUAACAAUACCGAUUGGAAAUGUUCGUAUAAUAAUUCAUCUUACACCAAUUAAAGAUCUUGAAGUAAUGAUUCUUGGCGAAAGACUUGAAAAAGACUUUUACGAAGCAUUAAAUCUCAUCUUUCGAGUUUUUGUUGACGAUCUUAAUGAACUUAGUUUCAGCCUAGGCAUGCAUUUGCCACCAAUGAAUGAAUCAAAUGCAAAUGGUCAUGAAAUGCCCGUUAGCUGUCGUCUGCUUUUUCGUAAUCCUGUAACUAAUUUACGAGGAGAUAUGAAUGGACUUGAUUUAUAUACGAGCUCUGUCAUCGGUAAAGAUCGCUAUGUAUUAUAUCGACAAUUAAAAGAGGGUAUAACUAAACGUCAAAAAUAG